AUGAGUCCGAAUACAUCACCGUGUAAGGACAGAGAAAAAUGUAUUGGUGGAUAUGCCCGAUUAGUUCAUAUGAUUAAAUAUAUACAACAGAAAUAUAAAGAUGACCAUCCGUUGUACCUGAAUGCGGGAGAUAAUUUUCAAGGAACUCCUUGGUACACAAUGUUCACAUGGAACGUUACGAAACAUUUUUUGAACAUGUUACCAGCAGAUGUUCUGACAGUCGGUAACCAUGAAUUUGACCAUGGCAUCGAUGGAUUAUUGCCAUUUUUGAGCAGUGUUAAGUCAAAACUGGUAUUAAGUAACAUUGAUGAACAAAGCUUAACUUUCUUGCAACAAUAUUCAAAGGAUAGGAUUCAUGGACGAACAAUAAUUAAUAAGGGUGGUAUUCGAAUUGGAGUCAUUGGAGUAAUUAUAAAGACUGUUAAUGAGAUAUCGAACACAGGAAACAUUACUUUCUUUGAUGAAAUUCAAAUGGUCAAACAUCAAGCUAAUCUUCUAGCCCAAGAAAAUGUCGAUAUAAUUAUUGUUCUAUCGCAUUGUGGUAUUGUAGUUGACAAAGAAAUUGCAAAACACGGUGGACCAUUGAUUGAUGUUAUUGUUGGUGGCCAUUCUCAUACAUAUCUUUACAACGGAGUGGAUAUAACUAAUCCAUAUGAGAAACCAGCAGAUACAUAUCCAUUAGUUAUUACUCAAGACGACGGACAUAUUGUGUUGAUUGUUCAAGCAGGUGCUUAUGGGAAAUAUGUUGGUGUAUUGAGAGUUAAAUUUGACGAUGAAGGCAAUGUAGACUCAUGGACUGGAAACAAUAUUUUUUUGAGCCAUGAUGUGGAUGAAGACGAAGAUAUUGUAAAAGAGUUAGAGCCGUGGAAACAAGAAGUUGAAAGAAGAGGUCGGCAUUAUUUUGGUGAAGCAAAAGUCUUAAUAGACAAUUCAAACUGUAAAUUGGGGGAAUGUACCGCAGGAGAUUUGCUUACAGAUGCUAUGGUGGAGUCGGAUGAAUCCAUUUUAUUGGCAUUGCACCAUGCAGGAGGAAUUCGAACCUCUUUUCAGCCAGGCCCAAUUACAUUUAAUGAUUUACUUACAAUGGUGCCAUUCGGAAAUACACUUGAUGUCGUUAAAAUAUCUGGUAAAACAUUAAGAGAUGUUUUUGAACACGCUGUGGAUUUGGAUUCCCAUAAAUAUAAUAAAGUAUUUAGAAAUCUUCUACAAGUAUCUGGAUUCAAAAUCGUGUAUAAUCUAAACAAUCCUAUUAACCAAAGAGCGGAAAAAAUUUUAGUGCUCGAAAAAAAUGGCAAUGACAUAAUUUACAACGAUUUAGACAAUAAUAAACUAUAUGAGGUGAUGAUUCCAUCUUUUAUUUUUAAGGGAGGUGAUGGAUUCACGAUGUUUAAAACUGAUAAACUAGAACACAGUAUCGGCAAAGUUGAUAUCGAUGUGUUUUCCAAGUACUUUAAAAGCCACAAGGUAUUAAAUCCUAAAUUACAAGGCAGAAUAACGAUGAAGUAUUAAUAAUUAUUAUUCAGUGUCUUUCAUCUUGUCACCAAAUACUGCAAUAUCCUUAAUUAAAGAUAAAUAUUGUGUAACUUUGAGCUGGUGAAGAUAUAAAACUAAAUGACAGAACUAAUUCAACUAACCUAAUU